AUGUUGAUCAGAUUCUUGUUGACUGCUUGUUAUGUGAUGGAAUCAGCUGCUUAUUUCAUACACAUUGAUGCGAACGAGGAGCAAUGUUUUUUCGAUCGUGUGAGGGCUGGCACUAAGAUGGGUGUGAUAUUUGAAGUUGCUGAAGGCGGAUUUUUGGAUAUUGAUGUGAAGAUUAUUGGCCCUGACAACAAAGAAAUCUACAGGGGAGAACGUGAAAGUUCUGGUAAGUAUACCUUUGCUGCACAUAUGGAUGGGCCCUAUACGUAUUGUUUUGGAAAUCAGAUGUCAACUAUGACUCCAAAAGUGGUCAUGUUUUCAAUGGAAAUUGCACAACCUGGACAACCGAUACCAUCUGAAGCAGGAAAGGGGAGUGGUAAUGAUUCUUCAGCGGACAGUCUUAAACUAGAAGAAAUGGUACGGGAACUAUCAUCGGCAUUGACAUCUGUCAAGCAUGAGCAGGAAUAUAUGGAGGUACGGGAACGUGUACAUAGGUCAAUAAAUGAAAACACAAAUUCAAGAGUGGUUUUAUGGGCUGUUUUCGAAGCUGUGGUUCUUGCUUCGAUGACCGUUGGACAGAUAUUUUACCUAAAAAGAUUUUUUGAAGUUCGCCGAGUUGUAUGA